UUAAAGAUCAAGUUUAUGCUAUGUAAUUUGACAAUUACUAUCAUUUGCAAUCAAACAAGAAGGAUCACCAUAGAAAUGGAAGACAAACCCGAAUCUGCUGUUAAGGGAGGAGAGUAUGGGGAGAAGCAAGAACUUCACCUCAAAGUUGAGACAGAUAAAGAGGAAAUAAAAGAGUUGAAGAAAAAGGAGGAGGAGAAGAAGAUUGACAAGGAUGAAAAGGUUAAAAAGAAUGAGAAAGAGGGGAAAAAGGUGUUGGAAAAAGAAUGCGAGGAUAGUAUGGAUGGAGAGCAGAAGGGGCAUGGAGCCGUAAAAUCCCCGGAAAAAGAAGAAAAGAAGAAAGAGAAAAAAGACAAAGACAAGGGAAAAGAAAAGAAGAAGAAAGAUGAUGGCGGGGACUCAGAGGAAGGGGAGAAAGUGAAAGAGAAAGAGGACAAUAAGAAGAAGAAGAAGAAGGAGAAGAAGGAUAAAUCAGGUGAAUCGGAUGACAAAGAAGAUAUAAAGGUGGAGAAAAAAGAGGAAGGGGAGAAAGGGAAAGAGAAAGAGGAAAAGAAGAAGAAGAAGAAGGAUGGUGAAUCGGAUGACAAAGAAGAUAUAAAGGUGGAGAAAAAAGAGAAAAAGAAGAAAGACAAGGACUCAAAGGAGGAGCACGACGAAACAAUGAAAUGCAAAGAGGGAGAGCUGAGUGUCGACGAGGCAGAGAAACCCAAACACGGAAAGGAAGAGAUGCAUGAAGAGAAAGCAAAGAAGAAAAAGAAGCAUGAAGACUACGAUGAUAAGCAUGAAGCGAAGAAAGACAAGGAAGAGAAGAAGGGAAAAGAAAUGAAGAGUAAAGACAAAGAGCAGGUAGAGGGAGAAUCCAACGAGGAAACAGAAGAGGAGAUGGGAAAAGAAGGUAAAAAAGAGAAGAAGAAGAAAGAUAAGGAGAAGAAACACAAGAAGAAGCACGAAGAUGAUGCUGAGGAGGGGAAGUGUGAGGAUAAAGUUACGUCAAGGGAGAUUGAAAUACAGGAAAAUGGGCAGGGGUUGGAGGGGAAAGCAGAGGGUAGGAAAGAAGAAGGAAAUGGUGGUGAGAAAAAGAAGCCCAAAGAUGAUGACAAAACUGAAGGAAAGAACAAAGAGAAGAAGCAGCAUAAGCAGAAAAAGAUUGAAGGCAAAGAGGAUUUAGAGGAAGAAUUCAACGAGGAAACCGGAGAAGAGAAGGAGAAAGUAAAAGAUGACAAGGAGAAACGAGAUGAGAAGAAACACAAGGAUGGCAUAGACGCCGAAGUUCUGUCAAAGGACAUUGUGAAGGAAGAAAAUGUGAAGGACUCUGAGGGGGAAGUGGAAGGGAAGCACAAAGAGAGAGGGAAAAAAUGCAAGGGUAAGAAAGUCAAGGACAAGGUUGACAAGGGGGAGAAGAAGAGGAAACUUGAGGGAAAAUACAAGGGGAAGGAACUUGGCAAGCUUAAAAGUAAACUAGAGAAAAUCAAUGGGAAAAUCGAAUCGCUCCUGGAGAAAAAAGAAGACAUCAUGAAACUGAUUAAAGAGGCUGAGAAUGAGAGUCAGGUCAAUGGAGAGAAGCCCAAAGUUACUGAACAAACAAAUGCCGAGGCGGCGUAGUGAUUUGUGCGUUUUUUUCUUUCACGGAAUAAUGAUGUGUGGUGGAUGCAGCUUCAUUCUCUGCUCUUUUUCAGUUUAUUUUUGUAAUAUUUGGUGGUUUCUCAUGUAUGGGCUUGUGGAAUAAAAUGAAAUCUACGUUUAAAGACGAAUAAAUAGCAGUUUUGUCA